AUGGAGAACGGGUCAACUGACAACGCGGCGGGUCCGGAGCCCCAGGUCCAUCGGACGGAACAGCCACCCUUGAUGAGUGAUGAGUUGUCAAUCCCAACUUUGUCGCAUGGCGUUACAUCCACGCGGGAAUCGAAGGCUGCUCGCCAAUCAUCAAAAAAGAAAACUGGCAAAUGUCGCUAUUUUGCAUCCAAGAAAGGCUGUCGUGCUGGGCCAGAAUGCCCGUAUAUUCACGCUAGUCCCACCAGCGAGCAGGCUCUGACUCCGGCUGAUCAGCAGUCCGGGUCGUCUGCUCCCUUUAAUAUUAAUCAGAAUCUAGACCAAAAUGUCGGCACCGCAGCCCGUCAUACGGCUAACCCUGGGGGGCAAUCAAAUCAAGCCAUCACAGCAGUUUCACAUGCCGCUCAGCCUCAAAGGCCAAUCUCAAAGGCAGAGCAAAAUGACCCGAGAGAGUUCCAGCUAAACCAAUUGAGACGACGAUUCCAGCCAAAGGAAACGACGGAUAGCGAUGGAUCAAUCUUGGAGUUUGGAUUGGCUCCCUCUGAUCCUGAUUUUCCGUUCGAGUUGGACAAGCUGCAAUGCGUGCUCCGUGUCCCAAAGUCAUAUCCUGGUAUAGGACGACCGAAACUCACGGUAACUAACCCUGAAAUGGAAGCUGCAUAUCAAGCCAAUGUUGCGAGAGGCUUCGAUGAUAUUGUUGACUUUACAAUGCGCACGAAUGGCCGAGGAGUACUCCUCAAUUGGUUGAAUAGUCUUGAUAAGCAACUUGAAAAGCUUCUUACCACUCUUGAAAGAGGUCCUAAGCUCACAUUUGUGGCCAAUAUCGGCGACCGUACAGCCAGCAAAGGGCCAGCCCCAACAAAUGCUGUACCUCAACAUCAAGUUAAACUGCCUGUGCAGCCAAUAUCAGUGCCAGUGAAUGCUGCCAAACCUGUAAAGCCAUUACAGACACCCGUUACAAGAAAAACGUACACGGCCGAGGAAAGAGCCCAAGCCGAAAAGCGGAGAUCAACAGAAGCGAAACAGCUCGAAGCUCGUCUGGGGAGACUUCCAUUGUUCCAGAAGCGAUCGGAGAAUUCUUUCGUGAUUCCGAUUCAACCGAACAAGAAGGACCGUCUCCCAGGACAGCUUCAAGCGGUGAAAACAGUGAAGCUUCUCGUUCCCCAACUUUAUCCACUGGAAAGUUCCUCAAUCGAGAUUCAGGGCAUUGAUAGUCCAGAGGCAAGAUCUGUGGAAUGUGGUUUUGCACAAUGGGUAGCAAAGAACUCCCAGUUGAAUCUGGUCUCUCAGAUCAACUAUUUGGCAAGUAACAUGCAUAAUUUUGCCAAAACAGCCCUACCUGAAGUGGCCGAGUAUUCUCAACAUGAGCAUUCUCAGGCGGCCAUCGAGACUGUCUCUCCCGAAAAAGAUCAUUCAAACGCUGCUGAAGGAGUUGCUGAAGGGGUUGAAGACCCAGAUCGACCGCAUUUGCACAUAAUACCACGUCCACUUGAAUGGUCUGUACCCGAGCGCAACAGUGACAGCGAGGUGACCGAUGAUUCAAGCUUUGAUGAAGAUUCUGAAGAGGACGAGGAUACGAGCGACGGAGGCGCACCUGUCCCCGUGGCUGUUGACACACCUGGUCGCGGUGUUGCGCUCUCAUUCCCUUUCCUCGAACUCUAUGGAAUCGAACUCUUGGAGCUCAUGUAUCUUGCUAUCACAGUAAAGUGUGACAGGUGCAAGGAGUCAAUGGAUAUCAAGAAUGUCCCCAAUAUCGCAGAUCCGAAAAACACGCCGAAAAUCGAGUCAUGCAAGAAGUGCGCCAAUUCUAUGAGUAUCGGUUUCCGCAAGCAAUUGAUGCAUUCUCAUGCCAAUCGUGCUGGAUAUCUGGAUUUGGAUGGCUGUACCAUUGUGGAUCUUCUUCCAAGCAACUUCAUCCCGACUUGCUCUGAAUGCUCAACCCCGUACCAUGCACCCGGCGUAUCUGCAGUCCGCGGAGAAAGCGCCAUGGCUAUGUGCCGUCAUUGUCACAAGAAAAUGGUGUUCAAGGUUCCUGAGGUCAAGUUCCUAGUCGUAGGAACUGCUGCAAUCUCCUCUCGGUCGGGUCUUUCUUUGAGAAAGAAGCCUAGAGAGGUUCUUGGAAUCGUAGCUGGUCAGGAGCUUCCCCGGCGUGGUCGAUGCCAACAUUACUCGAAGAGUUUCCGCUGGUUCAGAUUCAGCUGUUGUGCGAAAGUGUUCCCAUGCGACAAAUGCCACGACGCAGAAACAGAUCAUCCAAACGAACACGCAAAUCGCAUGAUAUGUGGAUUCUGUUCACGAGAGCAACACUUUAGACCAGAGAACUGUGGGACUUGCAAAGCAGUGCUUGUUGGUAAAGCUGGCAGUGGAUUCUGGGAAGGAGGAAAGGGUACGAGAAAUCGAGCUCUGAUGAGCCGCAAAGACCCCCGUAAAUACAAACGCGUGGGAGCCACUGCUCCCGGUGGAUCGAGCUCUAAGAAGAAGCAGAAUAUUGGCAGUCACGAUCACCUUAACAAUCGUUCUUUCUACACACCACCAAGCACAACAAAGCAUCUUAAUCCACAUCGCCCCACCAUCAUGAGCUUCCAACACUUCCAUGCCGCCUUCGAGCAGAUAACAGGGCCAACCCCAGAAAUCAAAUGCGACCUCGAAAACAACGUGUACCCCUUCGCCCACGAAGCGGGCGUGUACAUCGCCUCCAAAGAUCAGCUCUUCAUAACCAGCAACCGCAUAUUUUCAGAAGACGGCAGUCAACGAGUCCAAAUCUCGAAAAUCCAAUUAAAUAACAACACAGCAUGUGUCCAAGAAGAAAUCCACCCCGACAUACCCAUGGCAAAUGGCGGCGUGAAUUAUGAAAAUGGCGUCCUAUUCUGCAGCCAAGGAACGCUCGACCGACCCUCUAGCCUGAUCCACAUGGAAAUAGAAGCACCAUAUAAGUGCACAACUAUUCUAGACAGUUUCUACGGGCGGCAAUUCAAUUCGAUCAACGAUGUCGUCAUCCACAGUGAUGGAUCAAUUUGGUUUACCGAUCCUAUUUACGGAUUCAAACAAGGCUAUCGUCCGACUCCUGACUUGCCGGUGCAGGUUUAUCGAUAUGAUCCGGUGACUAAGUCUGUGCGAAUGAUGGCAGAUAGAUUUGGGAGACCUAAUGGGAUUUCUUUUUCCCCUGAUGAGAAGGUUGUUUAUGUCACCGAUACGGAUGCUGUUCAGGGAGAUGGGAGUGUUGAUUGGAGUCGUCCUGCUACGAUUUAUGCCUUUGAUGUUGUUUACCAUCAUGGACAGCCAUUCCUCACCAAUCGGCGUGUCUUUGCUAUGUCAGACAACGGUAUUCCUGAUGGAAUCAAAUGCGAUCUUGAGGGCAAUGUAUACAGUGGCUGUGGUGAUGGUAUACAUGUCUGGUCUCCGGGUGGUGUACUUCUAGGCAAGAUGCUCAUUCCUGGUGGUGUUGCCAAUUUCUGCUUUGAAAAGCCUGGGAAGAUAUUGGCUCUGAACGAGACCCGAUUAUGGCGGAUAUCUUUUGCUCCGUCCUGCCGGGGAGCCUUGCUCAGAAUAUAA